UCAAGGGUUCCAGGUGUGUGAUUAAUGUGCAUAUAGAGAACGUGUUUAUAAAGACGCUCACCUUCAUCGUGGAUUCAUUUUACAUCUAUCUUUCCCUAUUUUCCCAAAGUUGUUGACAUUUUAAAAUGCUUUUGUUCCUUUUAUUGGUGGGAUGUGUUUGUCAAGUGUGGGGGGGACCUUUGGAAAAACAGAAGACCUCUGAAAUCCAGUAUGAUGAAGGAUACAUUAACUCGCUGAGUGAAAAACGUCCAUUGCCAACAAAUGGUGAAGUAGCGCUGGCGGAUGUGGAAGAUGAUGCUGUUCAGGAGGGGGAUAUCCUGAUGCCUCGUGACAGAAAUGCAGUGAGUACACUGUGGCAAAAAAUGGGUCAGAAUGUGGAAGUGCCGUAUGAAAUCGAUUUAGAUCUUGAGGACCGGAUUCAAGACAUAACUGAUGCUUUAGCAAUGAUCAGUGACAAGACGUGCAUCACGUUUCAUCAGCAUACAUAUGAAACAGACUACAUGUACUUCUCUUACGGUGAAGGGUGUGCGUCUUCCGUUGGCUGUGUGGGGGGUGAACAGCGUAUUGUGAUUGGGCAUAAGUGUUCUGUUGGAAACAUCUGCCACGAGAUCCUUCAUGCUCUCGGCCUGUACCACGAGCAUUCACGAAUCGAUCGUGACCAAUAUAUUACUAUAAUUUCUGAAAACAUUAAAUCUGGGAUGGAAAAAAAUUUUCUGGCGAAAGAUGGAAACACUCUUGGCCUUCAGUAUGACCUGGAAUCUAUCUUGCAUUAUGGAAACAAUUAUUUCUCAAGCAAUGGAGGACCUACAAUUGUGUCCAAAGACAACACUGUGACGAUCGGCCAGAGAACAAGGUUGACUGCGCUGGAUGUGCAGAAAAUCCGGAAGCUGUAUCAAUGUGUGAGAAGAUAAGGGAAAAGUGACACUGACACACCGAACCAUCAUCUUGGAUAGGAUACUUUUUGGUGCAGGAUGUUUGAGGAUAGGAUGAGAAAUAAAAAAAAU